AUGACGCUCACCACAUUUGGCGUGGUGGCCAACGUCACUCCCACAAUCAUCAAGACCUUCUUCAGUCACUACUACAAGCAGGCAAAGAAGGACAAGCAGGACAGGCACACCGAGGCAAAGGACGAGUUCCUGUUUCACGAAGCUUUUGCUCUGGUCAAGCGAUUCAUCGAAGUGGCCACGCACGACACUGUCGAAUCCUUGCAAGUCUUGUGAGUCCAAGUCUCUGCGACAGCGUGUAUGCGCCACUGUGGCUGCGAGAUGGGUAUUGAUUGGCGAUGUUUGCGCUGGACUAAAGCUCCAUACCCUUUGCCUCCUUUCCCUUCACCCAGUACCAACACACAUGUUCCAUCUCAGCCAUGGGCCACCUGCGUGCCCGUCCUGAUUCCCUUGUCGUCGUGCGAUCAAGCCGCCAAGGUGCUCAUCGAGUACUUUGGUCCAGAUGAUCUCAAGAACGUGGUCGGCGGCGAGAAGUGGUGGCAGGUUCGUGGACUGAGCGGGGUGGAGGCCGAGUGGAUAGCACAGACCUCUGAUUGGAGGUCGGCAACGAAAGCCGAGAAACUUGCGAAGGAGGCAGAGGAACGUAAAGCGCAUGAGGAUACUCAACGUUCUCAGGCUUCAGACUCGGCCCACGAUGCCAAGGCGGAUGGUCCCGCCGUGCGCAAAUUGGCGGCUGCUAGGCGCCAAGUGUCCAAGAGGCUCGACCCGAGACACGUGAGGGCAGACACGCAGAAGAAACGAUCCAGCAAACGCGAACAGCAACAGCACAAGCAGAAAGAGUCCAAGCAAGCUCCGACGAUAGAGGUCGAUGAGGAAGAAUUUGGAGAUGAGAAUUACGAAGAAUUUGACAGGCUAAAGCGCGUCAUGUUGUACAUUCAUGAUGAGUAUGCGGCCCUGAACCCAACUUUUUGCGCCAGCGCUGACCCAAGACCACCACCUCUCCAUUCUGCGCGUUUCCACGGGGUGGAGGAUACUUUGGGAGUCUAAACACGCACCGCUUCUCGCUCGUGAGAUUUGCUCGCAAAUUUGGCGGCAGAGUUUUUGCGCCGAAUUACCGCAAGGCUCCAGGCUAUCCCUGGCCUUGUCCCCUCGUCGACGCUCUCGCUGCUUACUUCUAUCUCACCAAGCCUCCGUCCGAGGCGAAGCACAAGGCUGUGGAUCCAUCCAAUCUGGUGAUAGCUGGAGAUAGCGCAGGAGGUAACCUUGCUCUCGCGCUACUUGCCGUGUUGCGGGAUAUGGAUCUGCCCCCGCCUGCAGGGGCCAUUCUGAUCUCGCCCUGGUGUGACAUGUCCCACAGUUUCGAGUCCAUCCUACAGAACACGGACACCGACAUCAUUCCGCGGUAUGGCUUCAUCCACAAGCCCUCUACUCUUUGGCCAGUGCCAUCUAUACCCAAGGAAUCGACGCAGCAGAGUAGACCUACCACGCCAAAAGAAAGGCUGAUGAGUUACAUUGGCCAUUCGCACCGGUCGCCAGACCUCGAGGUACCUUCAGGAGUCUCCGAGGCAGGCCAGGCGGAGACAAGUGGGACAGCCGCUAACGCGGCAGCGACCUCUGCGAACAGCAAAUCGGGCCCAAAGAACCAUGAGGAUGAACAAGCAAAUUCGAAGCCAAGUGAAGACGACAUUGCUAUUCCCGCUCCUCCUAAGCACUUGAAGGCCGAGCCAAUGUACGUGCCACUCAGUCACGAUAAGAAUGGAGAAAAGGUCGAGCUGCGCUCGCAAGUGCAGCUGUACGCGACCAAUGAGCAGGUCUUUCAUCCACUCUGCUCGCCGGUCCUGCAAGGUUCUCUCGGCGGUCUACCGCCCCUUUACAUACUCGCGGGCGACGCGGAGGUGCUUCGAGACGAAAUCAUCUACCUCGCUCACCGAGCUGCGAAGCCCGCCGAAUAUCCCCUCAACGACGGUCUGCUCGCUAAGAAUGCCCGCGCGCGCCAGAAUGCGGAAACGUACAACAACAGCCCGACAAAGGUGCAUUUGCAAGUGUUUGACGAGCAGUGCCAUGUCUUGACACUGUUUGCGUUCACGACUUCUGCGCGAUACGCUUACAGAGCCAUUUGUUCGAUGGUCAAGCAUGUCACUGGCGCCCCGACGAACGCGAUCAACCCCUUUCCACGUCUCCAAGAAGCGUCGACAGGCGCAUCCGACGCUCCAAGCGAUCCUCCUGUGCACUCGACCGCAGGCAGCCACUCUGAGUCGGAUUCACAAAAUGGACGACGAUCGGCGCCAUCCGAUGGCGGCUCUUCUUCACUCGCUCCUCCCUCCACGAUCACCACGAGCGCCUCAUCGCGCUCCUCCCGAACUCUGGCUCCCCUGAACACCUCCGCUUCGCUUCAGAUGAGCGACAGUGACCAAGUGGAUUCCCCUGCCACAGUGACCCCUGUCUCCAGCGCAGCUCUCAACAAUGGCCAAAGCAGCGCCAAUGCAAACGCGCAAGCGCACGCGGCAGCGGCUUCUGGGUCGGAGAUUGUUGACGGACCGGUGCAAUCCAAGCAGGAACUGAAGCAGAAGCGUCGAAGAAAUGUAACGCUUGGCAGCACCAAUCAGUACGAUGGUGCGGUCCCACUUCGGGUGAGUACGAGGGCGCGUGCGUGCGAGUCUGCCUUGUUGGUGCUGACUACAUCACUUCCUACUUCAAUAGCGACCUGACCUAAUGUUCAUCCGCGAAAGAGUCGACGUCCGCGGACAGGUCCGAGCGCUCGAGGACGAAUCAGCUCUGCAGGCUCUGCGCAUGGAUAAGAAUGAGAUUGGGAUCUUCAAAGCUGGUCCAGUGCGCAGAUACUUGGAUGGUCAGCGGCAGUGGGACAAAAAGUUCGAAAAGGAAGCUCGUCGAGUGGAGAAGAGGCGAGCGCGCAACGAAGCGAAAGCUGCCGAGAUGCUGCGGAGAGCGGCAAAAGCUGGACUGCUCGAACCGCCCGAGAAGGACGAAGACGGCGCGAUCAAGCCUAGAAGAGGUGUUGCUGAGCCGUAUGGCAAGCACGCAUCUUGGAAGACUUUGGCUCGAUUUGGACCUAUGGAUCUGGGCGACGAGACGCCACCUCCCAGCGCACUGGCCGGCAGACGGGAUACAGAGGACGCCUUGCAGCUCCUGCGCAUUUCUCUGAGGCUCAAGCACCACGAAGCGGGCAUGGGCAAGCGAGACUGGGCCAGAGAACACUUGACUCGCGCUCCUCGUCAGAGCGCUGCGGAAAGACAGGUGGCUGGCGGCAAGAGGAGGCACGGCUUGACCAUGUGGAGCAGGCUAAUGGGCGCCGCUACUCGCGCUUCCACGACUGGCAAACAGGUCAACGUCGACUCGUACGGGCAAGAAUCGCAAUCGGCUAGAGAGGGAUGGGUCGACGCUUCUCCGGUCGUUACGCCAACAGUUGAACAGACUCGCUGA